AAAUUGAUAUACAAGCUCAAGAUAUUAAUAGAUAUAUGGUAAAAAAUUCGCAUUUGUGUCUUUAUUCAAUUCUUCAUAAAAAAUUCCUAAAAAAAGUUGUUUGUCUUAUUUAGAAUGUUUUUAUUGAAUGUAGGGUUUAUUCGUUAAUUAUUUAAUGCCAUCAUCAAUUGAAUCCUAAAUUCUAAUCGAGAUUCUGUUCAUUCUAAAAAAAAUCAUUCUAUUCUAAUUCUAAAAAAUUUCUGUCUGUUCGCUUUCGUGAAGAAUACAAAUUUACCUAUUAGCUUUAAACGCUCAUGAAAAUUUUUUCUGGAGCGACGAACCUUUCUAUAUAAUUGAAAUUUGCAAGUGAGUCGUUAGUAAUAUAUUGAUAUAUUCAUUGCAGGAAAGUAAUUUCAUAUUUUGAAGUUUCAAGAAAUAAUAACACUUACCAAAGAAAUCCAAAGAGUCCCUGAAGCGAUGGCAUCUCAACAAAAUGUGUCUCGUGGAGGAACUGAUAAAAAUCAUAAAUCAACUAUCGACGGGGGUCUAAAGAUGAAAAUUAUGCGUGCCAAAUCAUCUGAUAGGACAAGUUCAACUGAACCCAAACAAAAAAUCUUUAAAAGUAAGGAGCCCAAUGGAUCAGAAACGAAAGCGGAUAGUAUUGUAUCAAGCUCUGGUGAAAUUAGACAGAAUGAAGCUAAGUCAUUGCCCUCAGUACAUCGGAGCAAGACACCGACUAUGCAGACCAAACCAACAAUGGUUUUUACUGAGAGUAGCAAUGUCCCUACACCGUUUUCCACGAAAAAUGUUCCCGUUCCUAAUUUACUUUCAAUUCAGCCCGUUAAACACCAAUAUCCAUAUUUGGGUCAUGCAAACCUGAAUCGUGGAGCAGAUAAUAGUCAGAAUUCCAGCAGCGGCUUUUUUAGUGAUAUUGGACCACCAAAGGAAUCCAGUCUAUCCGAAGCAAUGGCCAAAAAUGGCAGUGGAAAGGUAGUGCAAUCAUCUUUGUUGAUGCCGGCGAAUCGCAAUCCAGCCUUACAAACUAAGAAGCGACAAAAAGGGGAGAUGAUAGAUCAAUGUGUCGGGACUUCCUUUGGGACGUUGACGGAACCAGAAUGUUUGGGACCAUGUGAGCCUGGAACAUCGGUAAAUCUAGAUGGGAUUGUUUGGCAUGAGACGGAAGACGGGAUAUUGGUUGUGAAUGCUACUUGGAGAGGAAAACCAUAUAUUGGAACUCUAUUAGAUAGCACAAGGCAUGCCUGGGCUCCUCCAAGGCCCAAUGGAGGAAACGAAGAAUGGGAUUGUCGAACACGUGCUGGUCGUGCAAAACGUCGAAGUGCAACAUAUGGACCCGAUGUUAACAGCCCUGUAAGUACAAUAAAACUUCCAAUAAAUAGGUUGAAAUAUAAUCAAUGCUUGCAGUUAAAUUCUAAAACUCGUAGCAGCACCAAUAGAGUACGAGGUAGACGAGUAGGAGGAAUACCAGAAUUCGAAAAUCUAGAUUCAUUAAAAAGGCCUGCAUCACCUCGUUUAGAUAUGCAGAAGUUCAGGGACGAAUCAUUCUUAGAUGACUCCAGUCAAAUGCACAGUCUCGUCAAUCCCAUAACGGGAUUACAAGUUGAAAUUCCGAAUAAUAGCCGUCAACCAGUUGCUCCAUGUGCGAUUUCACCGGUUCUGUUGGAGUGCCCCGAAUCGGGUUGCAAAAAAAGGUACAAGAAUGCCCACGGUUUGCGAUAUCAUCAGAGUCGUGCACAUAAAGCUGAUUGCUUUGAUGAAGAUUCGAGGCAAUCUUUGGAAUCGUUGGAUGUCGUUUCAAGCAAGGAACCCUCUCCGCCGCGAGGAGUACUAGAACGUAAUCAGUUAUCCUCAUCUGUUGGGGAAUCUAUAGAUGGGGUCAAUGGAAUUAAUUGUGUAUCAUCAUCUACAGAAGAUACUAAUUCUCAAGCUUGCAAUAAAGAAAAUGAAUUGCCUCAGAAAGAUGCUUCAAUAGAUGAUAAAUGUGUUGAAAUCUACGAUAAAGAAUUUGUGUACGAUGCUACCAAAGAUCAGUUAGAAAUUAAAAUCACUGCACGUUUGCCAAAUGAGCACUGCAAUAUGGCUUUGCCCGCUAGCACCUCUGGAAGCGAUUUUGAGAAAAUUAAGAAAAAUCUAUUCGGAGACGUGCAGCCAGAUCAAUCAGGUAAAAACUUUGCUUUAUGUCGAAAACGUGGCCUUACAAAGGCUAUGAAUUUUGACACUUUUUAUACCGCAUGUUUAACAUUUAUAGGAUUAUCUGAUAACAAUAAAGAAGUGACGCCAAAAACACCAACGAUAGAAUGCAAUUCAUCUUCUCGUGCUUGCCCCGGAAGCCCGGCAUAUAGUGAUAUUUCUGAUGAUUCCGUGCCAUUUGCUAAUACAGAUUUUAUUGAUAAAAUAAUAAAAUCUACGGAAUCUAAAAUGCCACUACAAGAAUUAGAUGGUAACUUGAAUUUGGGCAAUGGGCUGAAUGCAUAUCAACCCCAGCAACAACAUCAAGGAUAUAAUAUAAGUCCAGUCAUCCCGCCAAUUGUAAAUCCUCCAACUUCAGUCAUGCCGCCGAUUAUAAAUCCGCCUGUAUCGCUCAACUCAGAGCAAUCUUCAAACAAUGACAAAGUGGCGAGCACAGGAGCACCCUUGUUUGGGGCUCGUGGUAAUUUACCUUGCACGACAAGUUCAACAUUUAUAAAUCCUUAUAAUUUAGUGAAUUCCGGGUUUUUCUUAAAUGUGAAUCCCACCACAGAGGAUCAUAGAACACUUGAAAAUUCCAAUGUUUCUUCCAAGAAAGAAGAAUCAAGUGAUAAAGAUUCAGGAAGACAGGUUCCAAAGUCAGCUCAACUAGAAGUAAUUUCAAAAGAAAAGGACAGUGUAUCCAAUGAGACUUCGUUGAAUGUGCAUACUAAGGAUUCGGUAUUGACGUCAUCCCAACAACAGCAACCUCACCACAGUCUGCCACCAAAAAGCUCUGAUCAAGCUAAACAAAUUGCUCCUCCAAGUAUUCAACAAAGCAAUGAUCAGUCAAGCCAAAACAACAGAGUUUCUCAAGAGGAUAAGGUGAAAAGUCACACUGUGUCAAGUACUGAAUCAGGACGAAAUUUUCCGAGUAACCAACCGGGGCAACAACAACAAUCAUUUGCAAAUGUACAAAAUCCUUAUGACCAAGUUCACUAUAGGAACCAAAGUCAAAUAGCUACAAAUCAGAGUGUCAAAGAAGAGAAGACCGGAGUGAAUAAGCAAGAACCUCCACCGCCCUCGAUCAAUCGCCCAUUAGGCCCACCUCAAUUUGUGCCUCAAAGUAACUACUUGAAUCCGAAUUACGGAUAUAAUUCUCCCUACCCACAAUACCCUUCCUAUAAUGCGCAGUACUAUCCAAGAUAUCCUUUGACUACCGAUCAAACGAAAAGUAACAUGGGACAAGUAAUGCCGAACUCUCAAUAUAAUCAGUAUAAUCCCAAUUUUUCGGCUCCGAAUCAAAUGGCUGGUUAUCUGAACCCAACAACAAGUCCUGCUCAGACUUCAACGAAUGCGAAUGCCGUGAAUUCUAGCCAAAGAAUGGACCCAAAUCGUAUGCAAAGUGCUGCUGCAACUAAUAGAGCAUCUACACAUUUCCAUACGCAUCAUCAUACACACGUUGGAUUAAGCUAUCCUGUUUACACAGGGUCAUAUGAAGUUUCAGGUCAACAAAAUACAACAAAUCCAAUAAUAGCACAAUUUUCUCCAAGACAAACGAAAUGAUAAUUGCUUUUAUUCUCUCUCAGAAUAGAGGCCAUUGCGUCGAAUCUCCGUCAGACUUGUGAUAAACUAUCUUAAGCUUUUUUAAGGACACUAGAGAUAAUAUUAAUAGUAAGAUAGUAUCAAAAGUAACAUUAUUUAUAUUUAUAUUCUGCGAUGAACUCGUAAAUGGUUGGAGGGUUGGAUUUUCGGGACAUUAAGUUGGCUUUUACUUUUUAUUCAAAUAUUAAUACGGAGGUAUUAAUUAUGAAAUAAAAUUAUUAAAUAUUUCAAUAAGAAAUAACGAAGAGGACAAUUUCUUCUUAAAGAAGUAGAUUCCAACUUUAAUGAACAAAAUGAAAAAUUAUAUCAUUUCUGAUUUCGACUUUAUAUUAAUUUUUAAUUUUGUUCUAAAUUUUCGAAAAAACGCCAACUGCAAGUCAGGCCCAAGGGGCUCAUCGCAGGAUUCUAUGUAUAGUAGUUAUGUUAUAAUAGCUUUUAUUGGAGAAAUUAUAUUGUUUUCGAAAACUA